AUGACUUUGUACAUAAUAUACAAGUUUAUUAGGGAAGAAAAGCUUGUUGCACAUUAUAUUGAGCGGCGAACAGAUAAUGACGAGAACCGUGCAAAAAGAAAGCAACAGGAAUACAAUGACAUUGACUGGGAAGAUCUCUAUCACAGAAAUCAGUUAUCAUCCCUUAAAGUAGGUGAACUUGAACUUUAUAUUAAUCACCACAAUAUUUCAAUUAAAGGAGAGAAAGACGAGAAAGUGAGGGUGAAGGCACAUAUUAGCGAUAAGAUUUUGACUUCUAUUGUGCAGGACAGUCAGAACGACAUUCAGCCAGCCUCUGACUCAAAUUCAGAGUCUGAUAGUGACAUUGACAGGGUAGAGCGCAUUGUUGGAUUUAGUAGUAACUCUUCAGAAUCAAAUGACUCAGGAGAUCAGGCAGCGGUUAGUCAACAGGAGCAAGAAGCUGAAGAAACGAUACCUGAGUCUAGAACGUCUCGAUACGGACGGAAAAGGACACGAUUCCUCCAAGAAAACUAUGUGCCAUGGCAUAAUAUACAUGUAGAAAUGUAAACAAGAACCUAUAAUAAAACACCAAUUAAAUCAUAGUAGGUGAAA